UUGAACGCAGGUGGAGAAGAAGAAGAACAUUCAUUGCCACUUCACACACACAAUCUCUGACUCCCAACACCCAACGCGGAUUCAUCAUCGUAUUUCGCGUAUCUCUCCACCAUUUUUCUCCCAUUUCAAGCAAUCCCACAAGCCUCAAAAGCAAGAAAAAUCUCGAUUUACAGCAGAAAGGUCCAGUCUUUAAAAUCAAGAAUCCCUGGUUUUGUUCAUUAAAGAUGGCCGUGUCAAAGAAGAAGCAACAAUCCUACAUUUCAGUGGCGUCGGAUAUGGUCAACGCUCCACUCCAAGCUCUGGUGCUUCUCUCCCCCAAGAAGAGGCAGAGCCCCUCCUCAUUUACUGCAAAGCUGAGGUUUUUGCUGAGAAAUCCCAGGUUUUGGGUUUUGUUUCUGUUUCUAUUUGGUCUCUUUGGAACCUUGAAGCUGUGGUUAAAUUUCGACACCUUGUUGCCUUUUUCCCCAUACCCGUGUUUGGGUCUCCAAGAAAAGGCUGAUUUUUCCAGUGGUUCUAUGCUGGGGAGUGGUGGGGGUGGGGAAGAGGUGAAGGAGAAGAGUGAGUUUUGGGAGCAGCCAGAUGGGCUGGGGUAUAGGCCGUGUUUGGGUUUCAGUGAGCAGUAUAGGAAAGAUAGUGGGAAUAUUGUGAAAGAGAGGACUAAGUAUCUGAUGGUGGUGGUUUCUGGGGGAAUGAAUCAACAGAGGAAUCAGAUUGUGGAUGCUGUGGUGAUUGCAAGGAUUCUUGGUGCUACUCUGGUUGUUCCCAUCUUGCAAGUCAAUGUCAUUUGGGGUGAUGAAAGUGAAUUUUCGGAUAUUUUUGACUUGGAUCACUUCAAGAAAGUUCUGGAGGAUGAUGUAAGAGUCAUUUCUUCGCUUCCAUCAACACAUGUAAUGACCAGACCAGUGGAAGAGAAACGGACUCCACUCCAUGCUUCCCCUGAAUGGAUUCGCUCGCAUUAUUCCAAACGGCUUAGGAGGGAGGGUGUGCUUCUACUGCGCGGUCUGGAUUCGAGGCUCUCCAAGGACCUUCCUUCUGAUCUUCAAAAGCUUCGAUGCAAGGUGGCUUUCCAUGCCUUGAGAUUUGCUCCGUCUAUCUUAGAAUUGGGUAACAAGCUUACGGAGAGGAUGAGGAGCAAGGGGCCGUAUCUUGCACUCCAUCUGCGGAUGGAGAAGGAUGUGUGGGUAAGGACGGGAUGCCUUCCUGGUUUAAGUCGGGAGUAUGAUGAGAUGAUAAACAAAGAGAGGAAGCUGAGACCUGAGCUGUUAACAUCGCGAUCAAACAUGACCUACCAUGAAAGAAAGCUAGCUGGUUUCUGCCCCUUAAAUGCAUUGGAGGUCACUCGGUUGCUUAAAGCUUUGGGAGCUCCGAAGAGUGCUAGGAUCUAUUGGGCAGGAGGGAUUCCAUUGGGCGGGAAAGAAGCUCUGCAGCCCUUGAUUGAAGAAUUCCCUCAUUUCUACAACAAGGAAGACCUCGCGUUGCCAGGGGAGCUCGAGGCGUUUGCAAAGAAAGCGUCCAUUAUGGCUGCUAUCGACUAUAUUGUUUCUGAGAACAGCGAUGUCUUCAUGCCAUCACACGGUGGGAACAUGGGCCACGCUCUUCAGGGACACAGGGCAUAUGCAGGCCACAAAAAGACUAUAACUCCAAACAAAAGACAGAUGCUCCCGCACUUCAUGAACGCAUCGCUCUCUGAAUCAGACUUCAACAGGAUUAUAUCUUACUUGCAUCGAGAUUCCUUGGGUCAGCCAGAGCUCAGGAAACCGGGAAGGGACAUCACCAAGUAUCCUGUUCCCGACUGUAUGUGCAACAGCAGCAGCAGCAGCAACACAGGUCAUUCUUCUGUCUAGAAAUCUCAUUCGACAUCUAAAUCCCGCUACCCCCUAGCAAUCUCAAGAUUUCAAGCACACAUAAACCUGAUUGGUGACCACGAGAAUUAAGCACUAUAAAUAUCAGCAGAUGGUUUUGGAAUGAGCAUGGGGAUAGACACGAGUAUUUGGCAGAGGUUAUCUUUUUUUGGGUGUUGCCCAGGGUUUCCACUAUCGGACAGACGGACACAGUGACUAAUCCCCUCGCUAGAUUGUAGGCACCUCUAUUGGGUGAGACAGCUGGCCUAGAGAUUUGGCAGAGGUUAUCUGUAGGAAACACAGGCCUAAUAUGGUUUCAUUUUUUGGUUAUUUUCUUCUUUGUAUAUGUAGCCCUUAGAAGGAGUAGAGAAGGCAAUAUAUGAUCAUUGUAUAGGAAAUUAAAUGCAUACUUUAUUAUUCAAUUUAUUCUUUAUACUUGUAUGUAAUCAAUUAGAAAUAACAGACUUGUAUAUGUAAAUAAUAGUAUGAAUUUUGAAGGUCCUCUUACAUGCAUUGUCUCAA